GCGGUCAGGUGCAGGGUGUGGCUCUGGGCGGUGGAGAACAAAGGAAUAGGGCGGAUUUCUGGAGCAUAAAUCAUCAAAUAUGGACAUUUUAGACGUUUGAAGAUGACCUAAAAUAAAAAGCAGUCGAAUUAUCGGCAGUAUGGGUAUGUGUUGUCGGAGCCUGAAGGACGCCAAGGUCCUGAUGAAGAUGGGUUUGGGCCUGGUCCUGGUGGGUCACUUGAACUUCCUACUGGGGGCGCUGGUGCACGGUACCGUGCUGCGCGACGUCAAAGUGAGCAGGCACACCUCCACCAUAGAGUACGCCAUCUCCAACAUCAUCGCCCUCGUCGCCGGCCUCACGGCGGUCAUCAGUGGGAUUGUAGCCAUCACGCUGUCUAAAAACAUGAAGAACCUGCCCUUGAAAUGGCUGCUGUUGGUGGUGAGCAUCAUAACCUGCUUUUUCGGCAUGGCGUCCGCCAUCAGCGUCAUGGUCUCCCUGGUUACAGCCAUCCAUAACAACGGCUCGAGCCUGCUGAGGCAGUGCAAGCUCAACAGCACCGUCAACACCUACAGCGUCACCUACGAGUGUCCGUUCGACCCCACGCGCAUCUACCUUACGACUCUGACCCUGUGGGGGCUGCUCAUCAUGAUGUCUGUGACCGAGGUGGUAUUUUCGGCUCGCUGUUUGGCAGCCUGCACCAGCUUCCUGCGCCUCCCGUGCCCCUGGAGGAAGAGACUGAGAACCAGGGUGCGUAUCCGUGCGCCGAGGAACUCCGACCCUUCACCUCCCCAUUCUCCUCCAGAACAGCACGACCUUCUGAGCAGCGCCUCGCCCGCUGAGCAGAACAGCUGGCUGUGAGCACAAGCGCUGCUUCACCUUCACCCAGGUUCUGAGAUCAGCUGCCACUUCCUGCGUACGUGCGUUCGGGUUCACGAUCUCAGUCCAGCACUAUGAACUGCUUUUAUUUCAUUAUUUAGACCAAUCUGAAUUCAGCACCAGUUUGGGUCGUCCAAGUUGGUGUCCCUUUGGCUUGGGACAAAAAUCUCUACAAUUUGAGUGUUGGAGAACUGAAUGGAUAUUUUAAACCCCCCCCCCCAAAAAAAAAUAUGUUUAAGAAACGAAAUGGUUUUUAAACGUUGCAUAGCAUCACCAAGAUCAACUUGGGUGUCGAGGAACUCCAGGUUCUUCCAACCGACCUGCUCAAAUUCUAACUCGGUGGUUGUGCUUGACCCAAACGUCCUACACGUAUCUCCUCUGGUUUUACCCCAAAAACAAAGGAAAAAUAACACUAUGUAGUGCCUUUCACCAACUCGAACACUUUUUACACAGGAAUGAUGAACCAAAACCAAACAGAACCACAACUGUGACCAUGAAGGAAGGAUUGGUGCACAGCCCAACCCCACCCAGCCGGGACACUCGGGCCGUCUAACCAGAGUUCGCUUAAUAGUACGGUGAUGUGACCGAAGCCCUUCUGUUACUGACACUAAAUAAAUCUGCAUUCAUUCAUUGACUCGGUUUGUAGGUUUUCAGAAUCAGAACCGUUCUUCGGACACAUUUCCACAUUGCUGUGGUCAGUUAUGAUCCAAUCAGCAAACUCGACACGAUUCUGUCCCUUUACAUGUUCCGUCGUUUCAGUUUAGUCUCUUCUGGUUUCCUAAAUGAAUCUCCUUUAAUUUCAGUGGAACUUCCUUUACUGGUUUUGUGUGAUCCAGUGAGCAACAUUUUCCCAGUGUUCUCCAAUGAAAUCAGGCCAACGCAGUAAUGGGUUUUGAUUUGUCCGUCUCACAUGCCCCUUCUCGACCAACAGGGAAAGGGUUUGGUUCUUGUUCUUGCACCAAAUUUUGAACCGUUUGGAACAUUGUGACCAAAAAGAAAUUGGUUCAGGACCUGAAAAGUUGGUUCCCUCCCAGCUGGAACCAAAAUAUAGUUGGUUUUUUCCAGCACGAAACAUGUCAGUGGGUGUGUCUUUUUAGUUCGGCGAGGAAGCAGAGCGCAGUUGUGGAGACCGCAUUGGAAAAGGAUGCAUCUACUGAAGAAAAAUAUCUGAAAUAAUGGAACAAGCUCUGAGGUAAUCAGUGCGCACCACCAUCUUGCCAUGGCCCAAUGGUUAGAGAAGCAGCUUUGGGACUAAAUGUUUGCUGGUUCGAUUCCCUGAACCAGCAGGAAUGGCUGAAGUGCCCUUGAGCAAGGCACCGAACCCCCAACUGCUCUGGCAAGAGUGGUUGUGAUUUUAGCCAAAGAAGAACUGGUGUGAUUAUCAGUUCGGGUGGUGCCCUGCCUAAAAAACAAAAAUCUCGCGACUACUGUUUACUCCCAUUGUGAAUUGUGCCACGCUGUCUGUUCAUGACGCAUCUUCGAUGACAAAACGUGGGCUGGUUCGCUUUGCACAGAGAAUCCUGACCGGAGCCAGUUCAAGAACCCAUUGCCUGUUGGUCGAAAAGGGACAAAAGAGAGUUGACUUGAUGAUAAAGUACGAGUAAUCUAGAAAUACAAGUCCUCUGCCUCACAGAUCAAUCCAGGAACAACAGUCACUCGCUCAGAUACAGCUGUUCAGAGAUGUUUCUCAGCUUAUUGAAGGACAAACGUGUAUAUCCACAUGGUGUAGCGAUAUGAUUGGAAAAUGUAAUCCGAGUUAACAGGGUGCGAUAGAGUAGCUUCAGUGGGAUGGGUGAUGGAAAAUUACCGAUCAAGAUAGACGAGUUUCAAGGAUUUAACGGAAACGAGCCAAAACAAGUUGCGAGCGUUCCAAACAUCUCAGGUGGCAUAGCCAGGGCUGUGGGGACUGUAUGAAUGCAGUACUCCUGAUCAGCAUGCUCCCGUUUGCAGUCUCGGACCUUCACUUGAUUUAAAUUAAUCCUCCAUGGGUUCUGAGGCUUUUAAGGUUGCAGCCCUCAAGCUGUGGAAUUCUCUUCCUCAGAACCUUCAUGAUGGUACAUCCUUCCCCAAAUUCAAGUCUUCUCCCUUCUCUCUGUGCGAUCACUCACUGUUCCAUGCUUGAGCUCGUCUGCUGUCUUUAUGCCCAAGUUAACUGUGAUUGUGUUCCUUUUCCAUGUCUCUUGCGUUAUGGUUGACUUUUGUUUUGGGUUCUUUGGUAGCGCCAUUACUCGGCCAAACAUCCUUGGGUUGGUGAAAGAUGCUGUAUAAAUUAAACGUGCCUGGCAGCUCCAUCUUCAGCAUCCUUCUCCUAAAAUAUCCAUCAUCUCUCCUCCGCACAUGUCCAAACCGACUCGCUCGCCUCUCUUGGUUUGUCUCCAGACAUUCCAACCUGAGCUGUCCCUCAAACGUACCAAUUCCUAAUCCUGUCCAUCUUCAUUGCUCCCAUUGGAAAUCUCCAGCUCCUCCUCCAGUGCCACUGUCUCCAACCCAUAGAACGUAACUGGUCUCAUUCCCAUCUUGCAAAUGUUCCCCUUUGGUCACAAAUCACUCCUGAGAAUCUUCACUUUGAACACUUGACCACCUUCUUGCGUCCUCCCUUUCCUUCACAUUCCAUCUUGCUCCUAUUGACUUGGAUCACGAUGUCUUCUGCAAGCAUCAUCGUCCAUCCUUGAUGUCUCGCCACUCUUACUUCCAUCUCCGCCACUCCCGGCUUUCUCCAAGUCCACAAAGACCCAGCGCAACUCCUUCUGACCACCUCCGUCAACAUCCUCAAAGCAAACCUCACACAUUUCCUGGCACGAGUCCAUACUGCUGUUUGCUCAUCACCAUCUCUCUUCUUACCCGGGCUUCCAUUACUCUUUUAUAACUCCAUGCAGUGGCUGAUCUUGAGUUCCUCUGUAGUUACUCCAGUUCUGCACAUCACACGUAAUUCUUGAAAUUUUCUUCACUCCUUAGUCGUCGUCUCUUGUUCAAGGUGCGUUUUAUAUAUGUACUCCAGACCAGUAGGGGGCAGCAGAUCACCAGAAAGAUGGGGAUAAGCAAGGAAAUACACAGUCCUUCCUGGUUUGGUUUGGCUCCAAAGCCGAAGAUGACGCACUGUUCAGCAGAUGAGAUUAUUUUUUUAAUCAAGGAGCCUGUGUUUGGUCUGUUACUGCAGGAAGGAGCUUAAACUGUGCUCUCAUAUUAAAUUACCGUGUUUUUUUUUGUUAAUAAAUAAUGUAAACAUCUCCUAUGGAGUAAAGGUGUUUAGUUUCUUGAAGGAGGAAAAAGGCACUUUUUAAUUAAAAAGCCGUGGUUAUAGUUUACUCCUGGUUUAAUGAGGUGAUGUAUCUGUGUGCCGGAGGUGAUGGUCGUUGAUGUCCACGUUAACGUUCUUGUUUGUGGAUAUAUCAUACAAUAUCAUUAUAUUCUACACUUUCACACCUGUUGCACGCACGCGUGCCCUAGUGAUGCGUCUACACUAUUUUAAUUCAUGAUUUUUGUUAUUGCAGAUAUUUAGUUUCAUAUAGAUAUUUUAGAAACUGUCGUGCUGUUUUAACAUUUUCUAUACUCCGUCAGGUUAACUCCUUUUGCUUUAUUCUUUGUUUCAAAGCUUAUUUUUGUAAACUUUGAACGGAGAGAGAUUUUUUUUUUUUGAAAGGAAAUGUGAGUAUUGUGCGGAUAUUGUCAUGCUGUAUUAUCCUUUCUCUGUUUAAAAAAAAAAAGUCCUACAUCGUGCACGUGUAAGUGUUGGGUGUGUAAUGAUGUAUCGUAUCGUGUGAUGAUAAAUUGCAAUACAAAUGUAUGGUGAUUUUUGAAUUAACGGAAACAAAGUGAACAGUGAAUCAUCAAGCUGCCUAAUCUUAAUUUUUCCUUGCUGUAAUUGCAUUGUUUAGACAGCAGAGGGCACAAUAAUAUACAUUAUACGUACAAGACGAAAACGUGUUCUAUUCCCUCUAAGUGGGUUUCAUUCAUAUUUGGUUCGAUAGCAUGCAAUAUUGUUGGCAUAUCGCUUAUCCUACAUGUAUUGCGUCACUCUACCCAGUGGAGAAUGAGUGUCGAAUAUGGUUGACGAUAUUGCACGGUUGUCAAGACAAGUCACAUGUCAGAGAUGUAAAACUUCAUCUGUAAACAAACAUGGCUGCCAAGUUAGCUUCGUUAAACAUGGAAGAUGAGAGAAUUUUGAAAGACAAAGACGCGUCGAACAUCUGAAAGGAAUGUGUAUGUAUAAUUAAUUAUAUUGGUUGGUUUUUUAAAUUUUUUUAAUUAUUUUUAUUUUUUUUGUGGUCUGUGGAAUACAUCUGAUUCAGCUACUCGUCUUUGACUCGUUCAGCAUCAUGCUAGCUGAAUGGAAUAUAUCUGAUGGACCACAAAAAAAGUCAGCCAAUAUUAUUUAAUUAGUGGGAAAAAAUGUGACCUUCACUGUAUGUGGAAGUAACACAGCUCUAAUGCUGCGAAAACACACAAACGGAUCUAAAAUGUGAAAGAGCUGUUGAUUGUGUGCAGAUUUAACAAGAAAUCGGAGCUCUCUUUUUACAGACUGCUGAAAGAUAAAAGAAGCAAAUGGAGGAAAUACAAAUGUUCAGAAGUUUUUAAGAAGGAAUUUGUCUCCUUAAUAAAGAUAUUUUACUUGUGUUUCUCCAACCUGUACAAAUGUGGGAAUUUUGUUGGUAAAGAAUAGCAAAAUCAAUUUUGCUUUUUUUUUUUGUUUUUUUUGGGGGGGGUUUGUUUUUCCCCAAAAAAUAUAAUUGGGGGGGAAAUUGAAUCGUGAAUUGAACUGAAUCAUUACAUACCUAGUUAAGUAUAGCUCAUGUGAAUUGUGGGAACCUUUUUGAACUCUGCUCGAGUGACCUGAUUUGUAAAGGUUUUUGUUUGUGUGUAACUUUUAUAAUGGCAGGCUUUUACACUUGCAUUACAGAACUCCUGUACUUUGUCUACAGAAAUAAAUUUUAGACCAAA